AUGGGGCGGACCGUGGCUAGACUGUCUACGGUCCGGUCCGUGGCCCUCCGGCCCCGGUUCGGCCCCAUUGCGGAAGGCCGCGUCAUCACUCCAACUCCCACCUCUGUCGUCUCCCUCCCACCUCCAAUCUUCCGUCUCCCACAUCGUCAACCCACCGUCGUCUCGCACCGUUCGCCUUUGCCUCGCUGCUCGCACCAUCGCCGUCGCCGCCGCCGCCGCCCUCCCUCGCCCUUCAUCUCGCACCGCCUUGCCCCGUCGCCAUCGCUCGCCGUUCUCUCGCCCCCGCCCUCGCCUCGCCCUCGCCCUCACUCGCCCUCGCUCGCCGUCGUCUCAUCGCCUCAUCCUUACGUCAGUGUUCCGAACGGCCUUCUUCACAACGAUCUCCUUUUCGACCACGUUUCCAAGAUGAGAAAACUAUCGAGCUCCCUCGAUUCUCUACGGGAAGAGCUCUCCGGAAUAUCUGAAACGGAGCAGGAAAUGACGGAGGUUCUGAAACAUGUGAACGAAUUGGAGCGCAUUCUGAGAGAGACGAAGAGAGUUAAAGUGACCUUCUCGAAUGCCACGAAUCUCGAACUCCAGAACCUGGAUGUCAAGGCGGGGCGACUCGUCUUCAAGGCCAGCAAGGUUGCCGAUUUGGCGAAAGAGGGUAAAUGGGGUAAUCAUGUAGAUGAAGAGCUGAAAGAUCUUUCUUCUCGACUGCACAAGAUUCAUCAUCGCGUUAAUAUGAACUAUGAGGUCGGGGCUCGGAUGCUCCUCGAUGCCAUCCUCCUGUCCCUGGGAGAAGUCAUUUCGACGCUGAAUCCCAAUCACGAUCUAGCUAUCAUUCCGGAAAUGAAGCCGCAGGACGCUGCGUUCGAGAAUGGGAAUUAUCGUGUCUUGUUCGGCGGAAGUAUUGACUACGGUGUCGUCGAGUACGAGAAAGAUCCAGACAAUGAUAAUGAAGGCCGCCUCGUUGGUCCCGACAGCACGAAUGCAUUUGUGCUCCGGGUUGCAGCUGGACAAAUCUUCCUGGUUGAAGCCAAGCGUCUGCUGAUAUCAGGGGGCCUGGGUGCGUUCGUUCCGGAAGCGGUCACGCAAGCGAUGGCAAUUUCGUCGAACGCGAAGCUGAAUGUCGUCCGUUUCUGUCUUUCGGACGGAUUUCGCUUCAUUUUCUUUGUGCUGAAGACAGAGGAUGAUCGAUACACAUAUUAUCAAUCAACGGCUCGUGAGCUUGGCCGUCCAAUGGACCUCACUUUCAAUGAGCGCCUCCGAGAGAUUGUGUAUCUUCUUGUUGAAUGGCUUAAGCCAGAGCAAACUGAAUUGUAUGAGCUGAAGGAUUAA